UCAAGCCUGGAAACAUCAAUCGCAAAGGGGAGGAAACUUUAACUGUCCCAGCAAACGAGGAUGAUUAUAACGACCAAACGGGCGGGUCCCAAAAACGCGUUCAUGAUCCUAUGACGCUAUGCCCCUGGGAUGGGGUCGCAAACGAGGAUGAUUAUAACGACCAAACGGGCGGGUCCCAAAAACGCGUUCAUGAUCCUAUGACGCUAUGCCCCUGGGAUGGGGUCGGUGAACUUUCCGGGCUUGCUAGUCAAGCCUGGAAACAUCAAUCGCAAAGGGGAGGAAAAUUUAAUUGUCUGAGCAAAAAUAGCAUUUUUCGUUGA